ACAACACAAUCCGCUAGUCUCCUUUCGUCUGCUCUUAUCAUUUUAAGGUGGUCUGUUUGAACAACUGUAAUCUUCAUAAAGGUGCCUAGUUAUGUGCAGCUACGCUGCAAUGGCGUUGGUACACACUUUCUUGUUGGUGUUCCUGUGGCUUUCGCCUCAAGCUUAUGGACUAUAUGGUGGGGCUUGGCAAUCAGCUCAUGCUACAUUUUAUGGUGGCAGGGAUGCUUCUGGCACUAUGGGGGGAGCUUGUGGGUAUGGCAAUUUAUACAGCCAAGGGUAUGGAACGAACACCGCUGCUCUGAGCACCGCACUGUUCAACAAUGGGCUCACUUGCGGAGCGUGCUACGAAAUGAAGUGCAAUGACGAUCCACAAUGGUGUCUUCCCGGAACAGUGAGGAUCACUGCCACCAACUUCUGCCCCCCAAACAAUGCGCUGCCCAAUGAUAAUGGAGGGUGGUGCAACCCUCCUCUUAAGCAUUUUGACAUGGCCCAGCCUGCUUAUGAGAAGAUCGCCAAGUACAGAAGUGGGAUUGUACCAGUUCUGUUCAGAAGAGUGCCAUGCCUGAGGAAAGGAGGAGUUCGGUUCGGCAUUAAUGGGCACUCAUACUUCAAUCUGGUGCUCAUUUCGAAUGUGGGAGGAGCAGGGGACAUUCAUGCGGUGGCCAUCAAGGGGUCGAGAAGUGGGUGGCAGGCCAUGUCGCGCAACUGGGGUCAAAACUGGCAGAGCAACUCUUAUUUGAACGGACAGGCGCUGUCAUUCAAGGUGACUACCAGCGAUGGCAGGACAACCAUUUCGUAUAAUGUCGCCCCUUCCAACUGGCAGUUCGGCCAGACCUUCCAAGGCACUCAAUUCUAAUAUAGGCAGGAAGAAGAAGAGCAUAGAUACAGAGGGAAAGAACGAAAUGUUUUAUUUAGGAGUUUGUAAGAAAAGUGAAGAUAAGAUAUAUAUAUUAUAAUGAGUUUGAGUCAGGAAAGACUUUAAAAGCAAGGGCUGCAAUGUUAUAGUAGUCUCUGUUAAGAGUUGGAAAGACAAUUGUAAAGUUAUGGUCAGUCUGUCUGUACAAUUUGGGUUGUUUUUAUGAAAUAGUAGAUUAAACA